AGCCCCUGAGCCCCAGAAGCCCCCUGGGUCUAAACCCCUGGAUGAUGUGGUCCGCUCCUCCAACCACUACGAUCCUGACGAGGAUGAGGAGUACUACAGGAAGCAGCUGUCCUACUUUGACCGACGCAGCUUCGACAGCAAGGCCAUGAACCCCAGCCCUGGCAUCAACCGCUUCCCACCACAGACCCAGUUGGCUUACCCUUACAACAGGGCGGAGUCUGUGGAGAAGGUGAGUCCGGUGGAGAAGAGGUACGACCCCCUCCCCCAGAUCAGCCCUGUGUCUCAGUACGGACCCCCCGGCCCUGCCGUACCGCCCAACAGCCUGCCCAAACUCAUCACCAACGAAGUGACCUCACACCCCGACCAGCUCCUCAGCUCCUCUCCAAAACCUGACCUCUCUGGUCUCCGCCCCCCUGUCCUCCAGGGCCCCCCCUUCCCAGCCCUACCUGGCCCAGAGGUCCCCAGUGGGGGUCAACGGCACUGACGCACCCCCCAAAACCCCUGGAACCACCCCCACCCCACAAAGCUACAACCGCUACGUCCCCAAGCCUUACACCUCCUCGGCCCGGCCCUUUGAGAGGAAGUUUGAGAGCCCCAAGUUCAACCACAACCUCCUCCCCAACGACAGUGGGAAGACAGACCUCCUGAUCAGUAGCAGCAUCCCCAAACCCAGCGUGGUCGUCAACAACAACAACAGCAGUACCAAGCCACCGCUGUCCCCUCCGCCCCUGGACCACGACAGUGGGCUGGACACGUUCACACGCACCAUGGACAACAGGGGGCCCAAGUACCAGCAGCACAACAACCUAGUCAACAAUGCUGUGUCCAAGGCCAUACCUGUCAGCCCCAGUGCGCUGGAGGAUGACGAGGGAGGAUGAAGGUCAC